GGUCUGCCCUCGUCGUGAAUCGAAAUGCCUCCGUUUGUACACUGCAGCGCGGAAACCGUGGCAUGCUGUAACCCAGCACAGCGACACGCCAGGACAACGCGACGCCCAAGCGCCAGGACGGCGUGGCGCCCGCACGCCAUCCGAGCGGCUCCCGAGGGCUUGCAAAAAGUUGGCACCAGGUCGGGCGAGGCGGCACGGGACGUCUGGCGGGCUGCGGGCGCGGACGAGCGUUGGAGAGCCACCUCUGCACGGCCGGCACGCCGCGCAGCCAGGCCUGCCCCUGACGCGAGCGCAGCAAGCCUCUCGCUUCCCCCGCUCCAUCCGCGCAGUCAUCGUCCCCGUUCGUGUGGCUUCCCGGCCCACCUCGCGGGCAGGUGUUUUCCUCUCACCGCCACCACAGCGCCGCGCAGCCAUGCCUGCCAGGGGGGGGGGCGUUGGCGGUGGCUAAAUCCCCGCCUCGGAAUGACAAAACAGCAGGACUGCCGACACGCACGCAGAAGGCGUUGUCCUGCGAGCGUGGAUGGGAUCCUGCCACGACGUCCGCAAGGUGUGCGCGCAGAUGCCCAAGUGCCGCCCUCACUGAAAAAGGUCAUGGCUUCAACGCAGCCCGCUGUUCAAUGGCACCAUGUGGCCUCUUGGGUGGGAGUGGCGAAAGCGGGCCAUGCCGUGUGGGCAAGAGGAGGGCCUAAAGGCAGACAGGGUGGGGUGGCAUUGGCGCGUGCACGCCUUAUUGUGCAUGCUCCUGGCGCGCGAGCCCGGAUACCUGGAGGAACAUGUCGGCCCGCACGCGCACCCCCCCCCUGUCUGCUAGCUGAGGUUCGGCGCGUGACUGGCUGCAAAGUCAGACCGCCGGCCGACAGGAACGAACAGGUGCCGAAGGGAGCCUGCCGUGUUGGCGGGGCCGUUGCUCCUUCUACAGCAUGCGACUGGUCACCCUGCGCAAGUGCCAGCGGUUUUUCAUCCCACGGCCCGUGGCGGCAGGUGAGAAGCUCGGCCGUACGAGCUCGUGGCUCGCCAGCGCACGGAGGCCACGGGGUGAGUCAGCGGAUGCCACAAAAUCUAACGGCGUCGCCGCGCAACUUAUCAAAGAGUUCGCCACGUGGCGGUGGAGCAGGACCAGGACGAGGUUCGAGGGCUCGAGGGAGGAGGAAAGCAAUUCAAAGGGCAGCAGAGGCACCACUUGCUUUUACAAAAAAUCCACUGAGUCAGUCGAGGACCGUCCGACGACGAAAACUGCAAGGGCGAUCUCCAUACAUCUGCGCCUCCCCGGCAACGCCAGCCACCACCGCUCGUCAAAACCUGCAGCUACGGCGCUUGCGAUCGGAACGUUCGUAGCUGUGGUCGAAACGGGCCAUCAUCUCCGCCCUCCGCAGUGCCUCCGCCCGAGCGCUGCUCUUGCCCGCGCCCCCAGAAUCGGGACCAGCCUGGUUACCACAGCGAAGUAAGUCCUCUGGGCUCCCAGCCAAGAACGAGUCCUUGCAGAUGUUGCCGUUCUGCGCGUUGCAGGUCUGCGGUGGCAUGACAGGGGUGCUUGGGCGAGUGGACGAGUCAGAAGCUGCUUCCUGCAUCAGCUUCGCCGAGUCCGUGGAGCUCAUUGAGCUCAUCUGAUCGAGAGCAAAGGAGUUCCCUCGAUCGCGAGCCAUCUGCGGAGAAUUCGGCACGCUGGCGCUCAUCGGCGGGGCUGCACGAGCCCCGAAGGCCCGCGCCAGCAAGAAUGCCAUCCCGGCAGGGAGGCGAGAAACUGGCGGCGGGUCCCACUUCCGAUGGCUCGAGCCACACGCU